CCAGGGCCCAAUUGAGCUUUCAGUUGUUGUGAAUUGCUGUUUCCAAAUUUUUGGUUCAUCUCAUCGUCUCUUUGGUUUCCGGGAACUUACGGGGAUGUGGGGGUUUUGGAUUGGAUUUAGUGUUCAAAAGUUUGAUACUUUCUUGUAAUUGAGCUCGAGUUUUUCGGGUCAUGAUGGGAAAUCUGGUAUCUUGUCGGGUCAUGAUGGAGAAGUUGGGAUUUUCUCGUCAAAACGGGGGGUGUUUGGCUUCUUUUAAUUUGUUUUUCUUAUAUUUGUGUUGGGUUUCUGUGGAUUGAUUGACCCAGGUGCUUGAUUUUUGAUGUAUGGGUUGAAUUUUAUGGUUAUAUGGAGGUUGGGUUCGAAGUUUGUGUUUUGGAAAUGAGAUUUGCAUGGUCCGAGGCCGUGAUUGUUAUUGGCUUCUGGCUGCAUAAUCUGAAUUGUGAAUUGGUUUUGGUUUUGGGCUUUUUUUUUUUUUUUUUUUAAAUGUGAAACUUUGCCUUAAUUGAGCUGGGUUUUGUUGGGUCUUGAUGGGAAAUUCAUGUUUUCUUAGGAACCAAACAGAUCAGCCAGGCAGACCUGUUUGCUUUCACAAUGACCUUUGUUUGAGUAUAAGCAUGUUACUGGGUUCUGGGUGACUGGAUUUGGUUAAUCUCAAACCUGUAGGAUGGAGAUAUCGAAUGAGUCAGCUAUUAAGAAACCGAAGAGGCUAACAUCUGUUGUAUGGAAUCAUUUUGAAAGGGUUAGGAAGGCAGACAUCUGUUAUGCUGUUUGCAUACACUGUAACAAAAGGCUUAGUGGAUCAAGUAAUAGUGGAACUACACAUCUGAGAAAUCAUUUAAUGCGUUGUCUGAAAAGGUCUAAUUAUGAUGUGUCCCAACUACUUGCGGCAAAGAGAAGGAAAAAAGAAGGUGCUCUUAGCCUUACAGCUAUCAAUUAUGACGAAGGGCAAAGAAAAGAGGAGAAUAUAAAGCCUACAAUUCUGAAGUUUGAUCAAGAGCAAAAAAAAGAUGAGCCCAUCAACCUUGGAAGUAUUAGAUUUGAUCAGGAACGGAGUCGGCUGGAUCUUGCCCGCAUGAUCAUAUUACAUGGUUAUCCCCUGGCCAUGGUCAACCAUGUUGGGUUCAAAGUAUUUGUUAAGGAUCUGCAGCCACUGUUUGAAGUCAAUAGUGCCAUUGAGCUUGAUUGCAUGGAAAUUUAUGGGAAAGAGAAACAGAAAGUGUAUGAGGUUAUGAGCAGAUCGCAUGGCAGAAUUAAUCUUGCUGUCGAUAUGUGGACUUCCCCUGAACAGGCUGAAUAUUUGUGUUUGACAGCACACUAUAUUGACGAGGAUUGGAAAUUACAAAAGAAGAUACUGAAUUUUGUCUCCCUCGAUCCUUCUCAUACUGAAGACAUGCUCUCUGAAGUUAUUAUUAAGUGUCUGAUGGAGUGGGAGGUUGGCCAUAAGUUGUUUUCCAUGACAUUUCAUGAUUGUGCCACGAACGAUGACGUCGCCCUAAGAGUUAAAGAGCACUUCUCCCAGGACAGGCCUCUCUUGGGCAGUGGUCAAUUACUUGAUGUGCGCUGUGUAGGUCAUGUUCUAAAUUUGAUUGUUCAAGAUUGCAUUGAAGCACUUAGGGAGGUAACCCACAAGAUCCGAGAAAGUGUUCGGUAUGUCAAAACCUCACAGGCAACAUUAGGAAAAUUCAAUGAGAUUGCCCAACAAGUUGGAAUCAAUAGUCAGCAAAACUUGUUUCUUGAUUGUCCAACUCAAUGGAACUCAACAUAUCUCAUGCUUGACAGAGUGUUAGAAUACAAGGGGGCAUUUUCUCUCUUGCAAGAGCAUGACCCAGGCUACACAGUUGCUCUAUCUGAUACAGAGUGGGAAUGGGCAAGUUCCAUUACUAGCUAUAUGAAACUUCUUCUUGAAAUUAUCGCCGUCUUGUCCAGCAACAAAUGCCCAACUGCAAAUAUAUAUUUUCCUGAGAUUUGUGACAUUCACAUCCAAUUGAUCGAAUGGUGCAAGAGUCCUGAUGAUUUUAUUAGUUCUUUGGCACUGAAGAUGAAAGCCAAGUUUGAUAAAUAUUGGAGCAAGUGUAGUUUAGCUUUGGCAGUAGCCGUAAUCUUAGAUCCCCGAUUCAAGAUGAAACUGGUGGAGUAUUACUAUCCACAGAUCUAUGGUACUGAUGCUGCAGAUCGGAUCAAGGAUGUUUCUGAUGGGAUCAAGGAACUUUUCAAUGUAUACUGCUCCACCUCUGCUUCACUGCAUCAAGGUGUAGCUCUCCCUGGCAGCAGCUUGCCUAGUACUAGUAAUGAUUCAAGGGAUCGACUAAAGGGCUUUGACAAAUUCAUCCACGAAACUUCCCAGAAUCAAAACAUAGUAUCUGAUCUGGACAAAUAUUUGGAGGAGCCAGUAUUUCCCCGCAACUGUGAUUUCCACAUACUAAAUUGGUGGAAAGUCCAGAAGCCAAGGUACCCUAUCUUAUCUAUGAUGGUACGCGACGUUCUGGGGAUUCCCAUGUCCACUGUUGCCCCUGAGGUUGUGUUCAGCACAGGAGCUAGGGUUCUAGAUCAUUAUCGUAGUUCCCUCAACCCAGAUACCCGACAAGCGUUGAUCUGCACACAAGACUGGUUGCAGACCGGAUUAGAAGAACCCAACCAAUCCUCACCCCACCAAACCUCACCCCACCCUGCUAUCCCUCUUGCAAUCGAAGCAAAUUAGCAAACUAAUUCACGUACAUGGUUUGCAGGUGGACCAUUGGUUCAUGUGAUAGCGUCUGAUGGCAUGUAACUUCUGGCUUCAUGGAGGGUUUAGGGUUGUUAGCUGAAGACUUAAAAAGACUUACCUUUACUUGGAAUGUUCAUAUUACAAUGAGACUAAAUGGCUAAUUGCUUACCUUACCCUUUGUGUAUCAAGUAGAAUAAAUUAAUUGUAAAUUUUAGACUUGUGAUCAUAUGUUCACAUUUUAUGCGUAAAUGGAAGGAAUGUUCACUUUUCAGACAA